GUCCCCUCGACACUGCCUCCAGCCCUGCAGCGUGCCUUCCCCGUUGCAAUAAGUCGCAGGCGCAUUUCUGGAUUCACCCAGGCGUCGCUGCCACUCCGAGCCCGCUGAGCAGCCCCCUUAUCGCCGUGCCCCCCCUCGAGAGUACCCGGCCCCCAGCAUUCCAGUGCCGUAUAUUCCAGUAUUCCAGUAUUCCAGUAUUGCAAUAUUGGCAGGAUUAGAUCAUGGCCACGACGCCGGCACUGCCCCUCGACAUCUGGCUGCUUGUCUUCGCGUACGCAGACGAUCCGAACCUGCUGUGGUCGACCUGCCGCAACGUCUCGCGCUUCCUGCGUGACUGCGUCGACGACUUCUUCCGCCAUGGCAUCCUCCAGAACACGUUUAUUGACCUGCACUACAGUGAUAUCCAUAGUCGGCCUGGGCCCCUGAACGGCUACAUCCACAUCCCCAUGGUCUUCGACCGGCUUUCUGACGACGGACUGCGCGCUGUCUUUGUGCAGCGCGCUUACAAGCCCAUUAAGCAGAUGGAGUGUUGUUAUGUCUGGGGCUCCGUCAGGGGCUGGGUACCGUUUAUAGAGCGCCAUUGCCAGGAGAUGAGGAAGGCGCUGCCGUUGAUCCUAGGCAAGAGCCAGCCUUCUCAAGAACCCCCGUUGUGGGAAAGAGAACAUGCCCGGCUAAGGAACUGGUUAGACGCUGACGGGAAGAAGACAUAUCUGCUGCAACUGCGGAACCUAACGUCGAUAGGCCGUGGAGAUAGACCGCCGCACUUCAUCAAGGUUGUCGACGAGGUCAAUGAUACUGAGCUGGUUGAUCUAGUUGUCGACUGUGAAAGUCGUGAGGUGUCGUUUGACUGGCGACAGACGUACUCGGCUUUCUUCCGCGAGCAAGAAUUCAUGAAUCGUGCGUUGAACAGGGGGAAGAAGCAGAAGAAGAAGCGCACAUAUUCCGAGGACAUAGUCGCUGUAACCAACGUGUUCCUCUUCGACCAUCUUAACACCAAGAUGGCUCGCGCCCGCGAAAAGCGCCUUCAGGCAUGGACGGCCAAAAACAAGCACCGUAUGAGUACAGAGGUUCGUCAAUGGACCGAGCAGAGUGUGGGUAUAGAGAAGGAGCGUCUUCGAAGGGCGUUGUGCUUUGACAAUCUCCAGCCGGUUCCUGAAGAUCGGGAUGUAAAUGAAGAUAUUGAGAUUGUUCCCGAGCGACUGGCAGAUGACCAUCCUGACCUGCUAUUCUGGCCGUGGAGUGACGAUAACGGUUUCUUUGUGAGACAGCCUCGUAAGAGCUGUGUUAUACUGUGAUGUGGUAUGUGCGGUAUGGCAUCACAGAACGUGGAACCCAACUAGGGUAAAGCCUAUCUGUU